CGUCUAAAUUGAUUUUUAAAAUUUCCAGGAAUAAAUUUAGCAAAUUGUAAGGAAAAUCUUUUUGAACGCACAGAGAACAACGAAAAUGGAUGCUUUGUCAGAGGAGCUCGAGUCGCUGGAGGCGAUACUCAUGGACGAUGUGAGAAUUGUUCGUGGGCCAAAUGAUGUUGUUGAAAGCAUUGAGACUACAGUGCAACCACUGACUGGCGAGGAGGAUGAUCAAAAGUAUAUCUGUGUGACGUUAGCAGUACUGCCGCCAGCUGGAUAUCCCGAUGUAAGUCCCAAUUUCAAGUUGUUGCGUCCGCGCGGCCUGGACGAUGCACGUAUUGAGGACAUACGCAACGCCUGCAAUGCAAAGAUCAAGGAGUCGCUGGGCUUUCCCGUAGUCUUUGACCUAAUCGAGGUGGUGCGCGAGCAUUUGACUGGCAGCAAUCUGCCCAGCGGCCAGUGUGUGAUCUGCUUGUAUGGUUUCUGCGAUGGCGACGAAUUUACACGCACCGAGUGCUUCCACUAUCUGCAUAGCUAUUGCCUGGCGCGUCAUUUAAACGCGCUGCGUCGCACUUAUCAGGAGGAUUUCGACAAGUUGCCCGGCUGGCUGCAGAAGAGUGCCAAGCCCUUUCAGGCUUUGUGUCCCGUUUGUCGUGAGCACAUAAACGAUGAAACCGACAGCCUAAAGUGCGCCAUGCCACCGUCUGAGCUGGAGAAUGCACCGGAGUUUAUGGUAACGCAGGAGCUGCGUGAAAUGCAAGAGCUUAUGUCGCAGUUGUAUCUGCAGCAAAAAAGUCGUGGCGCCAUUAUCGAUGUGGAAGCCGAAAGUGGCACUAUUAUUUCCAUAGAGACCGAGGAGGAUGUGCGCAAUCGCGAGGAGGCCGAAGCCGUCAAGAAGCUGACAGCACAGGAGCCGGCCAGCAGCACGACACUGAUGAAGCCGGUGGCUAGCAGCUUUGCGCCGGUUGUUCAAGAGACGCAGCGCGCCAUGCCGGAGCCUACCAACAACAAUUAUCAGCAUCACAAUCGUCGUCACUAUCGCGGUGGCCGGCGUCAUCAGCAUCAUCACCAUCAUCAUCGCGGAGAGCGCGCCGAGGCUGCACAAAGCUCUGGAGCUGCUGUGCCUGCUGCAGCGGCAACUGCGACAACUGGCGCUGGUGCAGGCAAACAGACAAAGGCGCAGACUGCUGGUGCCGCUCAUACCAGGUGACCUUGGCGCGGCACCAGGCUGCUGCAACAUCCAGUCGAGAUCAACUCAAAAGACACACUACGGAUUGCGGCCCUGACGCUAUCAUCAAUGCCACUGCUGCUGCCAUGCUGCUAAUAGAUACUAAAAGCCAACAAAACGCUUGCGACAAAGCCCGUUCCGUUCCCCCCACUACUUCAUCCGGCUGCCGCUGCCGCCGCUCCGGAUUGACAUUCUGGUUAUAAGUAGUUUUAAUUUAUGAAGCACUCGUUUCUGUGAACUUUAGUUUAUGCUCGGCGAUUGAUCAGCCUUGGUAAUUGAAUUUUAUUAUUUAAACUUGCGUAUUUUUUUUUAGUUAGACUUAGCGUGCCGGGUUAGCUAAUUUCUAUUAAAUAUGUAUUUACUAUGAUAUAUUUAGUUUUAUGUUUACGAUAUAUAACGAUAUAUAUUUGUAAUUGCUUACAAAAGACUUGCGGCAUAAUGCCGACGAUAUUAUCGAAUUAAAAUACGACUAGGGCAUUGAUAACUAAUAAGAAGUAUUUAGCAGCACCAACUGACAGCGCUGGCGUUGACGUACACACACACACACACACACACAGAUACACGAAUCUACACUAAUACACGACUAAAUGGUGGUUACCGAACUUACUAUACGCAUAAUCUGCAUGUACACUCGAUGUUUAGCAUAAAUGUUUUUUCUUGACUCUCCUUGACUUUGACAUAUAGCACAAAAUACGUAUCUACUUGACCGGAUUAGCACUUGGACUAAAGCUGUAGCUUCGACAUAUUUUCUUAGCAGCGCUAUUCUAGUCAGUUUAGUCUUAAUACAGGUAGCAUCACACAAAAAUAAGUAAAAAAAAAAAACAAAACUUAUAUUUAUUAAUACGACGAUACAUACAUAAACGAUCUUCAUGUGUUUGAAUGUCUAACCAAAGACUAUACAAUAAUAUAAUAUAGUCUCUGGUCUAACUAAUUGAAUGUUUUUGUGUAGCAUACAAUAAUACAUUUCGAUCGACGAAGAUACAACAAAACAACAAAACCAAAUAUCAAUGUGUCAAAAAUAAAUCUGAAAACUUAAA